UGCACCCUACAUCUAUAAUUAUACCAAAAGAUCAAUAUGGAAAGUGCUUGUGUUUAUGAUGAGAAGAAACUCAUUCAUGAGUUAACCCAAGGGAAACAAAUGACAGAACAGCUAAUGCUUAUUCCGAAUUCAGUUCAAGCAAAAGUCUUAUUGAUACAAAAGAUCUUAUCCAAUUAUGACAACGCUGUUUCCCUUCUUGAUUCGGGCCUCUCAGCUGCCGAGCAGCUUUUGCCACCUGCCCUUCCAGUACCUGAUCUUAUCCAAUCACCGAUGUCAUUUGGAAGCCCAGGAAGUGAAGCAUUAAAGUAUGACCAACCCUUUUCGGGCCAGCAGGGCGAAAACAUCAUUUCCAAGAAGAGAAAGAGGGCCACAAGUGAAAACAAGUUAGAGAGUGAUAAUUAUGAUGGUUACAAUUGGAGGAAGUAUGGGCAGAAAGACAUUUUGGGUGCUAGGUUUCCAAGAAGCUAUUAUAGAUGCUCAUACCGUAACGCCCAGAAAUGUUUUGCAACAAAAUAUGUACAAAGAACAGAUAAAGACCCCGCUGAGUUUGAAAUUGUAUACAAAGGGAAACACACCUGCAACCAUGCAUCCCAGUCUGCUUCACCACCACCAACUUCACCAGAAAAACAUGAAAUAACACCAACCCAACAUCACCACCAACUAUCACCGCCAAGUCCUAACGAAAUGCUCUCUAAUCUUAGAGCCAACCUGAGUGUGAACACCUUGGAUUUGGGUGGUGACAAUGACACUAUCCCAUCCUUGUUGUCCUUCUCUCCACCAUCAUCUGGACUCAUGGAAGAUUACCACCAGCUUCAAUUUCCAAGCUAUUAUGACAAUGAAUUUUUUCCAGUUACCUCUGAAUCAUUUUAUUUCUCGGAGUGUGGGAGUUCGCAGUCAUUGGAUUUCCUGGCUGAUCCGGCAGGUGUAGCCCCUAGUUUCGAAUUCAACUCUCUUUUAGAAGGUUAAAGUUAACAACUAUAGAAUGCAUAUAAAGAUAUAAGUUCCUAUAUCUAAAAUCAACAUAUCAGUAUCAUUUUGAAUAGUCACUAUUAUAUUCUAUGGUAUGAAACGAAAUGGAAUGAAUUCCUUCAGAUCUAUCCAUGUAAAAGAAUGCAUCAUUCCUUACCCACAUACAAUGAAGGAAUUAAUCAAUGGAUAAGAGUUUCUUCAUUCACCAUCAUCACAGCCACACCCCAUCGUUUAUCAGGCAAGUGUUUAUGGAUCAGGAGCUCCGAAUAAUCUCAAAAUUCAAAUACGUUUCAGUUCGUCAAGUAUGUUGCAUUGUUUCUAUUAUCAUGCAAGUCUUUAUGUUCCUUUUAUUUAGUUCCUUUCUCUUUAGUAUGUUAGCCUAUUAAAACCUUGUUAUGUUCUACUUGUAAUGCAUGCAAUUUAAUAAUA